AUGGCAGCUGCGACACCGCUGUUGCCCUUUCUCAGGCCAUUGGGGCUACCACGACCAUCGACAGUCAGACACUUCCUGCGUUUCUCCACCAGCGUCCCAUGCAGAGCAUCGGAGCAGAAAGAAGACCCCAAUUUGACCGCCUCUCGAACUGCUCCGGAAGCAUACCCGCCGCCGUGGAUGAAAUCGAAGCCGCGACCGAAAGAAUCUAAAGCCUCGCGAAGAAGUUCCCAUCCACGCAAGGAGAGACACUAUCCUACGCGACAUCCCUCACAUCAUCAACCGGAGAAGGUCAGAUUAAUACCGGAGCCCGUUGAGCCAUUGCCGACCGAGCAAUGUGCACCAAACCUUCCAUACUUCGUCACACGAUCCGCGAACAACGAGCUCCCGAUCUACACAUUGCGAAAGAGUGGAGGUAACCUGAAGAUGACGAGGGUGAAAAGAAUUGAUGGGGACAAAGUAGCCCUGCGAGAUGAGUUGCGAGGGCUGUUGGGGGUGGAUGAUAAGGAUGCGAUCAUCAACAGCGUGACAGGGCACAUCAUGAUCAAAGGCCACUACAAGCCGCAGAUUGAGAAGUUCUUGAGGCAAAGGAACUUUUGA